AUGUGUCUGCAGUACAUUGUCAAAUGCAGAUUCUGCGGCGCCUGGAGACACUACAACUGGGACCGCUGCGCCGAGAACAGACAGCUCCUCAAGAAGGGCUGCGCUGUCGGCCUCCCAUCCCAGCACCCCUCUGAAUGCGAGCAGUUCCCCGAAAACAACCGCCAGCGCCUCAAGCGCCACAUGACCGUCUACGAGUGUCCGACCAAGGAGUGCAAGAGCACCGACAUCGCGGCCAAGCUCUUCGAGGAGCGCGCCAAGGCCGAGGCCGCCAGGGCUGCUGCUCUGGCAAAGGCUCGAGCGGAGUGGGAGGCCAAGGACAAGGCCAGGAAGGCCGAGUUUGCUGAAAAGUGGUUCAAGAAGAUUCCUGUCGUCAAGGCGAGCGAGAGGCGGGAGUCGUUUUUGAGUCUGCCUCCUGGGGAUGCUGCUGCUGCUGCUGCUGCUUCUGCCACUGCGUCUUCGUCAACGGAAGUCGCACAGAUCCAGCCCGAGAAGAACCCUGUGCCGUUCACGGGCAUGCCCCAUCAAUGGCGUGGCGAAGAAGCCCUGACUCUUGUCCAAAUGGCGGAGCAGUCCAUGCAUAGCCAAGUCUUUGAGAGCAGCGACGAAGACGACUUUUCAUCCGCAUCCUCAGAGAUUGAGGUCUCGGCCUUUUCCAGAUAUAUGGGAGCAAUCACCAUCAAAGAUGAUGACGAGGUCAAGAAAAGGAGAAGGGCCAUUGAGUUUGGAGACGACGGAAUGCCCAUCGGGUCCGUCACGCCUUAG